AUCUCACUUUGGUGAUAACAACACCCUUACUCUCUCUUCUUAUCUCUCUCUCUCUCUCUCUCUCUCUCUAGAAGUAAGUGUCAGAAUGACUCUGCCUUUUGCAAAGCAUAUGCCAUUUUGGAACCAAUAUGAAACAGAGGAGGCAUACAAAACAUUCCCACAGAAUCCUCAUUUCAGCCCUUUACUUGAGGUUAAUGAAGAUCACCGGGAAUUGGUAGCUGUUGGUUUGAUGGAGAGUUUCUAUUCGUUGUUAAGAGCGGUCAAAGAUCUGCGGCUGGAUGAUCCUUCAAGUAAAAUAAGGAGCAUCAGAAGUUCUUUUGCCAAGCUAGAGAUGUAUGGUUUCGACGUUGCAACCCCUGGAUCACGGAUCGACAAAGUGUUGUCUCUCCAAGAUGCGCGAGCAAAGAAUAUGGAGGAACGAAAAUGUCUUGAGAAUAAGAUCGAAGCUCAAGAGAACGAUACACGCAAAUUGGAAGAAGAAAUGGUCGAGUCAGAACGUAAUAUUAUGGAGCUUAAGAGACAAGAAGCAGCUCGUCGUUUGAUUAUGGAAGAUGAAAAGAAAAUGAUUGUUGAAAGGAAACCAUUUGAGAUGCCUGAGGAGGAGGAGGAGGAGAAUAGCAGCAGAAAAAGGAAUCUAGAAGAAACCCACAAGGUCGAAGAUGUGCAAGUAAAGAAACUGAAGGAGGAAGUAGAACGUCUUCAGAAGACGCUUGAAGCUUCUAAGACCCAAAAACACAAAUUGGAAAAAGAACAGGGGGAGUUAGAGCAUGUGGUUGCGAAAGUUGAGGAGGAGUCAGACCGAAAUAUUUUGAAGCUGAAACAUGUGGUUGCGAAACUGAAGAGGUCUGCGGCCAAACUGAUUCUUGCGUUGAAAUCUUGUGUCGAAACCAUCGACCAAGUGAUUGCACAUAUUGAGCAGGAGUUUACAACGACUGUGUUGGCUCCCUGGUAA